AUGGUUGGAUAGAAUGUACGAAAGUUGCAAGAUUAAUUUAUAGCAACUCAAGGUCUAACAGAUUUAGAAGAACAAAUUUUGAAGUAUAGAUUGUUUAUAUAAGAUUAGAUAUGCAUCAGAGUUUAAAGAGAAAGAUUACAGUAGAAGAUAAAUAAACAUUUUAGUGAAACAUAGAAGAAGUUAGAUGAAUUUUGGAUGUGGGAAGCUAAAGAGAGAGAACUAAGAGAUGAUAAAGUGGCUAAUCUAAUGA